CUGGCGAGCGUCUCUCACUUUGCUUUUCGCUUCGACCAAGACACUUCUACUACCACCAUGGCUGCGCGCGCUUCCCAGUCUGUCAUCAAGACGUGGUUCUCCGACCCGGCCACGUACCCGAUCAUCGGCAUCAUCACGUUCGCCAUGUCCAUGUCGACCUUUGCCGGCGUCCGGUACCUCUCCAACAGCCCCGAUGUCACCUUCUCCAAGGAGAAGCGUGGCGCGAUCUUCCACCGCGACGAACAGGACGGCGCCGCCUUCCGCUCGCACCGCGUCACGGUUGCCACGUUGAAGCUCAACCCGAUCACGCGCGAAGAAGCGUACACCGAGUUCAAGCAACGCCAGGCGUAAUGUCGCUCGCAAAGCAAUAGUUUACAUGUAGUAGGACCCUUUAUAAAUCUGUAAGCGACCGUUCUUGGUUCAGCGCCC